UGUGGCUGCCACUAUGGCUCCCAUAACAGAAUGACCACUGGCCUGAAACCGUUUUAAUUAGCCUAUCGGAUGCGGUGAGACAAAUGAUUAAAUUUAUACAAGCCAAACUAAAACGACGAAUAACGUGUCAUGUAGGCUACAAAUAGCUGGGCUACAACUAUAAAAUCGACGUGAGACAAAUUAGAGAAAUGCAAGCUAUCCAUGUAAUUACGCGAACACAGUUUUUAAGUGUGAUUUUCCAAGGACGGGAACAUUUAGGUUCUUCUGUAGGCUACCUGCCUUUCCAAGUAGUUGCGAAGUCGUUUCCUUUUAGUUUGCAACAUACCGGUUGAAAUAAAUCAUAAAUGUUUAAUUCGAGCUUUUAAAAAACUCCCGGGCGCUCCUAUCACUAGUUAAUACAACCUGUAGUUCUGAGACAUUUGGAUAAAAUAUCGCUUAAUACAAUGACGCGGAGAGCGCAAUGGGGUGACUUCACUUUUUUGCUAGUAGCUUAGAAUUAACUGUGUUCAUUCUUCAUUACGUGUUCAAUUUUCCCUGAAGCGAUUUAAAAGAUUAGGGAACGCACGAACCAGGAACACGUGUGUAAGAAAUAAGCAGUGCUUCGUUCAGUUAGGUUUUAGUUUCGUUUGUAAUUAUUUUAACAUGUACCGGGAAACUUUCUUCGCACAUUUUAUUAUCUUUGAAUAAAUAAUCUAAACUCGCAUACAUGGCUAUUGCAUAGCUGUGUAUAAUAGCACGUCUUCUCUCGACAUUGCUUCAGAUAAAAGUGAACAAGUAGCCAAGUCAUAUUUCAGUUAUUCGCCGAAGAAAUAAAAACCGUGUCCAUUUUAUUCUUUUUUUUAAAUACACUAAACGCUUACGACUCCCGUUGGUACAGUCGGGUAGCUUUUUAGGAAGGGAGGAGGAAUGAAGGGUGGUGAGGGAGUGAAGCCUCGUAUUACCGAUUGGGUAAUUGAGCACUUUGAUUGACAUCUGAGUGCCAAAAGGCAUAGGCGCCUUCCGAUUGGACAGGGUGCACUUCACAAUCCUCUCUUGUUCUUCGGUAGCGUGUAGUCUCAGCAAUGUUACCUUGGCAGUCGGUAGUGUGAGUCAGUUGCGGCAGAGGAGUCCAGUAUAGCAGCAACAGCGACACUUAUACAGCAACAAACCCGUAACUGGUGCUGUUGCAGCUUCAACCUUUAUGCAGGAAGCCUUGUCGUCUCAGCAGUCUGGCUUAGCAGUUUUUCAACCUACAAGAAAUAAUUAUCUACAUAGGCUGCAUAGAAAAAAACUGUUUCUUCCUACACUGACCUGUAGCUACUAAGAAUGAAGUGCUUUUCCCCCUUGCACUUCUGGCGGCUGAUGCCCCUGGCUUUGACUGUGGUGCUGGCUCCUGCAAGCCAGGCUUCAGAAUAUGAAUACAUGAGCUGGAAGUCGGACCUCUACAAUGGCGGCCGCAUCUAUGGCAAGCCCCCACAGUGCGUGGACAUACCGGACGACCUGAAGCUCUGCCACAGCGUGGGUUACAGCCAGAUGCUACUGCCCAACCUGCUGGAGCACGAGACCCUGGCCGAGGUCAAGCAGCAGGCGGGCAGCUGGGUGCCUCUGGUGCUGAAGAACUGCCACGAGGGCACGCAGGUCUUCCUCUGCUCCCUCUUUGCCCCCGUCUGCCUGGAGCGCCCCAUCUACCCUUGCCGCUGGCUGUGCGAGGCAGUCCGCGACAGCUGCACCCCCAUCAUGGAGGCGUUCGGCUUCCCCUGGCCCGAGAUGCUCACCUGCGACAAGUUCCCCCAGGACGACGUGUGCAUCGCCAUGAGUUCUGCCAACGCCACCGUGGCCACCAAGCCCACAGGCUACUCCCCCAUCUGCCCGCCAUGUGACAACGAAAUGAAAACAGACGCCAUCCUGGAGCACAUGUGUGCCAGCGAGUUCGCCAUCAAGACAAAGAUCAAGGAUGUGCGGAUAGAGAACUCUGACCGCAAGGUGAUACUGCAGAAGAAGAAGAAGACCUUGAAGUUGGGGAACCUGAAGAAGAAGGACCUGAAGAAGCUGGUGCUUUACCUGAAGAACGGAGCCGACUGCCCCUGCCAGCAGCUGGAUAACCUGGGAAACGCCUACCUGAUCAUGGGGCGCAAGGUGGACAAGCAGUAUCUCCUGACUGGAAUCCACAAGUGGGACAAGUCCAGCAAGGAGUUCAAAAAGGCCGUGAAGAAACUUAGGAGCCACAAGUGCCCAGCGUUUGAGCCUGUCUUUAAAUAAUCAGCUCUUCUUACAUCUCAAGAUACUUAAGAACUUGCACAACCAAACAACCCAAAACUGUCCUUAUUGUCAUGUUUUAUAUAUAAAAAAAUAUAUACAAAUUUA